AUGUUAUUUAUUUUUAAAUAUGUUUGCAGCAGUGUCCAACCUUCAAGGAUAGUUUUCAAAAGAAAAGACAAGAAAGUGGUCUUUGACCCAUUGGAUCUUCCAAGAUAUCAGUUGAAGAAGAUGGGUGUGGCACAGGGCUGUCUGCAGUGUGUCAAAUAUCUCAUGUUUGUCUUCAACCUCAUCUUUUGGCUAGGAGGAUGUGGAAUUCUGGGAGUUGGCGUGUGGCUGGCAGUGACACAAGGACAUUUUGCCACGCUUUCCAGCACCUUCCCAUCACUGACUGCAGCCACCCUCUUCAUGGUAAUGGGGUCAGUAAUCAUGGUAAUCGGAUUCAUCGGGUGCCUUGGUGCAGUGACUGAGCAUCGCUGGCUCCUGCUCUCAUUCUUUGUGAUCCUGCUGAUCAUUUUCUUGUUGGAGGUGAUCACUGGCGUGUUGUUCCUAGCCUACAGAGAAAAGCUUGACAGGUAUGCACAAGAAGAUCUGAGGAAAGGACUAAAGCUUUAUAAUACAACAGAUAACUUGGGCCUAACCAACGCUUGGGAUAUUGUACAGAAUGAUUUUCGCUGCUGUGGUGUGCUGAACUUCACUGACUGGUUCGAGGUUUACAAUAGCACUAAGGUGCCAUCUUCCUGUUGUCUGGAGCUAAGCAAGGAGUGUCAGCAGACAGAGAGCAUGUGGUGGGGAAAUCCCUGUUAUGAGAAAGUGAAGACCUGGUUAAAAGAAAACAUCAGUUCAGUUGGAAUUUUUGGGCUGUGCAUAGCAUUCAUUCAGAUACUUGGCCUGCUCUUUUCCAUGGUGAUGUACUGCCAGGUGGUGAAAUCAGAAAAGAUGUAUGAAUGAUUCUCCAUUCCAAGUCAAGGGCCAUCACAGGCAAACCUCUUCAGAAGUCUUAAGACCUUAUGCUGAUCAAAAUCAAAGGCACAUCAUGUCAUUUUGCUUUUGCCUUCUGCAGCUUAAUCUGGACUAAGGAGCUGCUGGCUUCUGCUUUCUACUGAAGUCAGUGUUGCUUUGAAUGGCAACAUUAGUUUAUGCUUUGCAAAUCCGCCUGCCACUGAAUUGUGUUUACUUUUUUUUUUAUUCUUUUAUUUUUUUUAAGUCAUUAUAUAGCAUUUGACAUGGCAGCUACAGAGCAAACUAAAAUUUAUUCUAUAUUCAUUGACUUUUUUGUAAAUUAUGACGCAAGUUCUCAAACUUAACACUUGAGUGAUGUGUUACUGAAUGGAAUGAAAAAUGUGUCCUUAUUAAUCAUUCAUGUCUGCAUUAAAGUAUAGCAUCUCUUUUAAUAUGA